AUGGCUUCGGCUUCACCUGCCAGCAUCCGGUUCGAGGAGAAUGAGUCUGAAUGGCCGUAUUCUUCUCGUGCAACCAAGAGACACAAGCGCACCUCCGUCGCGGGUACAUUAGGACCCUCGCCUCGCGAGAUUGGAUUUAUGAGAGAGUCUCAAAAUGAUGGAUCUGCGAGCUUCCUCGGAAGUUCAAGUGGAAUCCAUUUUAUCCGUCAUGUUUACAAUGCCUUCGCACGUCGUUCAGCACUCUUGGACCAAACACGAGCCCGUGACAGAACCUCGGUGCCAGGGGAAGACGACCGGCUACAGCAAAAUUCAGGAAGCAUUCAAAGCUCGGAUGAGCUGUGGGCGAGGGAGGAAUUGAACUAUACACCAAGUAUCUCAUUUGCUUUCGACGAUCUUGUUCAGUGGACACGCAGCUAUUUCGAGAAUUGGCAUCCAAUCUUCCCAUGCCUCCACGCCCCGACAGUCUUGAAAACUAUAGAGACAGUCGGUCAAAAAGGGAUGGAGUCGGUCAGCCGAUUAGAACUCAUGAUUCUUCGCUCUAUUGUGUCCAUUUCUCUCGGUGAUUAUCGACAGAGAACGUCGGCUGGAUCGAAGCUCAAUCCCGUUCCUUCGGUCUUAGUCUUUCGAUCCAUUCAACAUGUGAUGCAAGAUGUGCAAAGCCUCCUUGAAGAGCCAACUAGUUUGCCACUGCUACAAGCAGCAUUUACCGCUCAACUUGCACUCGCUUCUCUUUUGCGCCUGAAUGCCGCCUCGCGGGUAGGGGGUGUCAUCACCCGCACUGCAUUCCACCUCGGGUUGCAUCGUUGCCCAAGACGCUUUUCUUGCUUUAGCGGUGAAGAAGCUGAUAUUCGUUGUCGGUUAUUCUGGUCAAUAUAUUCACUUGAAAGAUAUCUUUCUCAGGCUCUUGGGAUCCCGCUCUCUAUUCGAGACGACGACAUCGACGUGUGCUACCCUGAUGCCGAGAGACAUCCUUCAACAGUCAAGUCCCCCAAUGAUCACAGAUUGCGCUUACUGUGUCAUCUUGCAAGAUUUGCACGGAUUCGAGGUUUGAUUGUUGAACUUCGUAAUAAGUCCAUUCUCCACAGUCACGCCAGCCAGGUUGAAGCGGCUCAUGUUACUGGAGAACUAGCGCAAUGGUGGAAUGAAGUUUAUGAUGAUGUCAACCCCAUUUAUGAGCCCUUAGAAGCUGGUCUAGAGCAAGAACCGAUCUUGCAACCAUACCACCGACUACUCUUGAUGAUCCUGAGACACGAAGCUAUCAUCUCGCUCAAUCGACCUCUUUUGGCCUCUGAAAAGCCCAGUGCGGAUUACAAGAACGCUUUGCAGACUUGUAUUGGAUCUUCUCGAUCUAUACUUGCUGCAUUGAGAAAGCACAUGUCCUCCGAACCGAAAUCUCCGCUUUCCUGGCCAUGCUUUACCUGGUCAACUUGGAUGGCCUGCCUCAUUCUAAUGUAUGCUGCGUGGGAAGAGGAAUUUCCCGCGCCCACUGCUCUCAAAUAUGCGAGAAUGGGGAUUGUCAUUUUGGAAAACCUAUCAUUACGCGGUAGCAGCUGGCCAGAGACCUGCAUCGAGGCGAUCAAAGGCAUGGAAUCUGCUUUCGAGACACAGACAUCCAGUGGCCAGCAAGCCAAGACAACUGCCACAUUUAACGGCGUCGGUAAAUUAACUCAACCCCAUGCCCAAGCUACACCAUCGAUGGAUAAACGGAUAUCACAAAUACUGCCUGUUCAAGGUGGAAAUAAUGAGAUUGGUGAUACAGGGCUCACACCAAUCCGACCUCAAGUUUCAGCGCCGAAUGGAUAUCCUGGUCGUCCAGUCUCCAUUGGAAUUCACCAGUUUCAAUCACCAAUUCGCUCUUCCCCCCAAGGCCUUGCCCCCGCAGAAAACUUCGACUCUGCCGUCUUUUCACCGUCUGACAACAUCGGUAACUUCGCUGAAGCGCUAGACCCUGCUGAGAACCAUCUUAGUGGACAGUCUUCAGCUGGUCUCAUUUUCGGUAACAUGGCUGACGGAAACCCUGCUUUUAAUCCGAGUUUUGCCGGUCAAGACUCUUUGCCAUUUUCAUCACCUAUGCUCAUGAACGAUUUAUGGAGUGUAGCCGAUGGCCCAUGGAUGAUUCACAAUAACUUCUUGUGA